GCAAACGGUACCUGCUUAUUUGCUGAUACUGUUCCAGCCAUUUUGUGCGCUCGAGGCGCUGACUCACAUUUGAUACCACCGCCGAACUCGCGCACCGCGCCUGGACUCAGUGGACGCGACCUGAGGCUCGACCCAUUUAAAUUCUUAUAGCUGCUGCUGAGGUCGCGUGAACAGCCUUCACACGUCAGCUGCGCGAGGAAAUGGCGGUCUUGAAGCUCCAAGCCGCGCUGGCGCUGGCGCUGCUGCCCGCGCUGGCCCUGGCAGCGAGGCCCGCGCUGCUGCCCGGCGCCACCCUACAGCGGCACGAUGGGGCCGCACAGCAGCAGCUGCAGCAGGCCAUCCGCACCAGCAGUAGCACCGGCGGCAGCAGCAGCCUGGCCAAGGGCAAUGACCGGGACAAGGACCACCCAAAUGACGCCAACAUGCGCCCCAUUAUCGGCAUCCUUUCGCAGCCCGGCGACCCUGCCCCUGACGGCCAGUCCUACAUCGCUGCCUCCUACGUCAAGUGGCUGGAGAGCGCCGGCGCCCGCGUGGUGCCCAUCUUGUACGACAUGAGCCCGCAGCAGGUCGAGGACCGCUUCGACGUGAUCAACGGGCUGCUGCUGCCGGGCGGCGGCGCCACGCUGGCCCCCGGCCACCGCUUCUACGACACGGCCCGCCAGCUGGUGGACCUGGCGGUGGCGGCCAACGACAACGGCGACUACUUCCCGGUACACGGCACCUGCCUGGGCAUGGAGACGCUGUCCGUCAUCCUGUCCGCCAACUACACCAUCCUGUCGCCCUUUGACGCCGAGGACGCGCCCGCGCCGCUGCUGUACACGGCCGACGCCAAGGACAGCCACCUGCUGCGCUCGCUGCCGGCGGACGUGGUGGAGAACCUGCAGAACAAGCCCAUCGCCAUGGAGAACCACGGCAUGGGCCUGUCCAUGACGGCCCUGGUUGAGAACCCCGACCUGGGCAAGUUCUUCAAAGUGCUGUCGCUGUCGCUGGACAAGAGCGGCGCCGCCUACAUCAGCACUCUGGAGGGCCGCAAGUACCCCUUCACUGCCACGCAGUGGCACCCGGAGAAGAACGCCUACGAGUGGACGCCGCACCUGCACAUCCCCCACACCACCGACGCGAUCCGCAUGAGCCAGGAGGUGGCCAACUUCUUCGUGUCCGAGGCCCGGCGCAACCUGCACAAGGCCAAGAACAUCCUGGAGGAGGAUGACGUACUCAUUUACAACUGGAAGCCCGAGUUUACCGGCCGCCACGCCUACGUGGGUCAGGAGAAGGACUUCGAGCAGGCCUACAUGUUCGAGAAGUCCGACCCGCAGCGCGACGGAGUUGACCACGCCUGAAGAGAACAGCAGCGGGAGCAGCGGGGGCAGGAGCUGCAGCAGCAGGUGCAGGAGCUGCAGCAGCGGGGGCAGCGGGGGCAGGAGCUGCAGCAGCCUUGUGUGGCGUGGUGUGUCAGGCGGUAGAUGUUCGAACUUAGAGAUUGUGGGAGUCAUUGUGAACACGGUCUCGGAGGCUACGGCUUUAGGAUAGCCAGCACGUUGUUUGAGGGAUCGUGAACUCGUGAAGCUAAGCGAAGCCAUGCGCGUGUGAUACGGGCAGCCGUGCCGCAUGCCUUCAUGCGCAUGUGCAAAAACGCCCGCGCGUGUGUGUGUUUGUGAUCAGGCCCACCGGAGCGCCUGCGACACAUGUGCGUGAUUGCGGACGUGUCAGAGGAGACGUCGGCAGAGGGUAACGACGGCAAGGGGCCGGUGCGAGAUUCCACUCCAUGGAGGUUCCCGAGCCGUCGAUGCCAUGUGUGCUGUGGGGUCGAGCGUAGCAUGCAUGCCGCGACUGAACCUGGAGUCGACGUCCAGGGUGGUGAGGUUCGGUGCCUCGUAAUAUGCGGCUGGCAUGCUACCUUCCAGGAGAGCGCGAGCGUGUGCGUGUGUCUAUUUGCAUAGUGCCAUUCCUUACCCAAAAACUUUUGCACAUUUUGGGGAUCGCCCAUAGAUCAGCCUUAGCAUUGAAUGUGUGUAUGUGUGUGGGGUGGAGGCAGGGCUGCGGGCUGCCGCUUCCAGUCUGCCGGCUUGGCUUCUCCAAUUUUCCUGCGGAUGCGCUCGGCCGCUGAGCCGGUAGCAAGACACGAACACUUUCGGCGGAGCUGCAGGGCCGCACCGUAUGCUUGAUGUUGGACAAUUGGCAUUCCAAAUGGUGUUGCAAUUAGAAUGCAGCGGAGGUGACGUCCCGGGGUUGCCGAGCCGCACUCCAUUACAUUUGGUGUCAAUGCAUGCUCUCAGAGGCUCAGACUGCGGGUGUGUAAAGUCCUGUCUGC